AUGGCAACCAACCAACAUACGGCAUUAAGUCCGAGGAACAAGGAUUUCAUCGUGUCGGAAACAAUGUCGAAAGUGCUAGAACUUUUCCAUGCCAUGGACAUGCCACCUUUGCCGGUGUGUCAGAGCCUGGUCGAGGCUUACUUCGAGUUUUGUUGGACCUGGAUGCCAGUCGUCGAUCUAAGUCUACGCGAUACCGCGGCAACAUCCUUGUGGACCGAUCCCGCCCUCAGCAAGCCCGAAUCACCACUGCUCAUGAAUGCCCUGCUUCUUGCUGGAUCAAGGAUGCGCCGAGGAACCAAGUAUGCGUCGAGUCAGGAAUAUUAUACACGCGCGAAGAUUUUGGUGGACAUGGAAAUCGAAAGAAACCCGCAACACCUGCUGGGAGCCCUCUGCAUGAUGCAAUGGUGGAACGCCUACAAUCCUCAAGACGUCUCCACAACAUCGUCUCGUUUCUGGAUCACGUACGCAAUUGGAUUUGCUCAGCAGAUGGGACUUCACAUGGGCAGGACGCUGCCAAGCCAAAACAAAAGCCUGUGGAAACGGCUAUGGUGGACUCUCUACGCAAGAGAUUGUUUGAUAGCAGCAGCGCAUGGACGGCCUCGAAUCAUCAACCAGGAAGAUUGCUCAAUCGACGCUAUCACUGUGCAUGACUUCCCACCCGGACACGAGUUUCGAGGUUUGAUAUUCGUCCACUUUGUAAAGAUAUCUGAAAUCCUCUGCGAUCUAUGCCGCGCCCUCACUCGUACUCCUAUACUAUCGAGUUCAUCCAAGGAUACCAUUGCCGCACGGCUGUUGGAAUGGACUGAAAGACUGCCGGACGAGCUGAGGCUCUACAAUUCUGAUGGCUCGAGUCGACCACAUCAGUUCGAGGAGGCCCAGCUGCACGUUUACUUCCUCACAGCUCUUUGCAUUUUGUAUCGACCCCGGUCAAUAUCCACCCUCGGGCCAGAGAACACAGCCGCGGUGCUGGCAUCGUCACUCAGCCACCGUCUCUUGGAAGGCUUCCAAUUGCGAGAUCUCACCCGCUACCUCGCGCCCAUCUUCACCUGGUGCACAUUCGUCGCUGCAAUCCCCCAGCUUUCGUGCUCGGUGGUGCCGUCACUGUGGAAAGACUCUUGCGAGGCGGUCGGUGACCUGCACGGUAUACUGGUCUCCCUCUCGUCGAACUGGCCUUCGGCCACCUUCAACAGUGAAGAACUCGAACGUCUCCAGAAGAUUGCGGACGAUGCAGCCGCAAACCAUCGCCGAUCGCAAAACUCGCAGCGUCAGGUCCAGGUCCUGCAAUCUGAUUCCGGCUCCGAGCACGGCCUGGAGUCACUGUUUGUCGGUUAUGGUCAGCACACUCUGCAGCGCUACCAACAGAUACAUUCUAUCCUGGCCAUUUCUAUGGACCCGAGUCAGGUGGUGGCCACCAAUGGAGGUCCCCCUGCUUCCCAUGUGCAGCUUCCGGCGGACACGACUCUUCGAAAUUCAGGAAUGGGGAGAAAUAUUAACUGUCAACCCUCUUCUGACCGGCUCGCUUCACUCACCUCCCAGAUGGUGUCCGCGACGAGCGAUCAGACGUACCCCAGUUCAGCCACCUUGCCAAGUCUAUCCGAAGCCCCUAUUUCCUUUGAAGAAAUGGACUCCAAUUGGUGUGACAAUUGGUGUGACCUGGACUGGACGGAUAUACUGGCUGGCACAGGAGCGCAUGAUUUAGCUGUGGUGUAA